UAUUGAAUGAUUUGGCACGAAGCAGGAAACCGGAAGUCUAUUGCAGGAAAAAUAACAUAGCUAUUAUCUAAGUUUUUGACAGUUUGUUUCAGCGCAGAGCUGUGGCUUGUGACGAACUACUGUCUCGGUGCCGUGCAAUAAUCCCGUAUUAUUCUAGCCCCUCCCUGCCUUGAGGAUGAGCCUCCAAUGGACAGCCGUAGCCACCUUCCUCUACACUGAGGUCUUCUUUGUCCUCCUGCUCUGUGUACCAUUCAUCUCCCCCAAGAGAUGGAGUAAGAUCUUCAAGUCUCGGCUUCUGCAGGCCAUUGCUAACUAUGGCAACAGCUGGUUCAUGGUGGCCAUAGCCAUCCUGGUGUUCCUGCUCAUUGAUGCGUUCCGAGAGGUGAGGAAGUACAGCGUGACAGAGAAGGUGGACCUGACCAACAACCCCGUGGCCAUCGAGCACAUCCACAUGAAGCUGUUCAGAGCCCAGAGGAACGAGUACAUUGCCGGCUUCGCUCUGCUGCUCUGCCUGCUACUGAGACGUCUGGCCACCCUCCUGUCCCAGCAGGCCACCAUGAUGGCAUCCAACGAGGCGUUCAAGAAGCAGGCAGAGAGCGCCAGCGACGCCGCCAGGAAGUACAUGGAGGAGAACGACAAGCUGCAGGAGAAGCUGCGUGAUGCUGGUGUUGACAUUCCGGAGGUGGGGAAGAAGGGAUCAGGGGGAGGAGGAGUGGAAGAGGAGAACAAGACUCUGAAGACCGAGGUCAAGUCACUGAAAGAGGAGCUGGAUGCCACCAAGAAAGCCCUGCAGAAGUCUGACAGUGAUGUGAAAGCUAUGAAGAAACAGGCGGGGAACCUGACUGUGGAGUACGACCGCCUACUGGAGGAACACUCCAAGCUGCAGGCCUGCAUUGAUGAUCAGCAGGACAAGAAAUCCAACUAAUGAGGAAGAUGAACCAUUCCUGUAUUAUUCUUCAUCAUCACCAAUACUGUCAACAACAUUCAUACCACCUUCACUUUCUGAUCUGUGAAAAUCACUGGGUUCUAAUUACCCAGGAUUUGAAGGGGAAGCUGUCAUUCUGACCACUUGGACUGCUUCAGAGUUUUAUAAUUCAACUUCUUUAUCUGUGAAAGCUGUUAUUUUGAGGGUUUUUUUAACCAUUUGUAACUGACAAUGUCCCAUUACUAGAGGGAAUCCCGUUCAGAGCAGGAGGAAUGUGAGUCAGCCUUUUUGUUCUGGUGCUUAGAGGUUCAUUGUAAUAUAAAAUCUUGUCUGUCUGUAGAGAAAGGACCACAAGUUAAAAGUGAAGAGGGGGGUGCGAGUGUGAUGACAGUUAGGAAGCUUGGCUUCUCGUUUUUUCCGUCACGGUUUAUAUCACCGUUUUCCUUUCUUGGAAUAUAUCUUGUUUUCUGCAAUUAAAAGGUUUACGUUG